GUGCUUUUUAGUUACUUCAUCACCGCAUCCCGCCAUUGUUAUUAAGUGAUGACCGCUAGCGAAUCAAGCACUUCCCUCUCUAUCCCCUCCCCGUGAUACUCAACAUCUAUUUCUCUCUAUCCAAUUCCACUCCUCGAUUCCGUGCAUGCUCCGAUUCUACUACACCUGUCAACUCACCUUUCCCGCACCUUAUCCUCGACACCAGCCCUCCUUCAACCCCACCAACACCUCCCCGCCACUCCAGCAAUGGCAAAACAACCAAACCUCUUCAGCUACCCCACGGUAGACCGAGUCGCCGCCCAGCUUCGCACCUAUAUCCUUCAAACCCAGAAAUCUGCCUUGCACCGACACGAUGUCUUCAAGAUUGCGGUGUCUGGAGGCAGUCUCCCCGCUACCUUAGCUCAAGCUCUUUUGGUCCCGGGAGAACAAGAGAACGCUGACAAUGCACCUCAAUUCUCAAAAUGGCACAUCUUCUUCGCCGACGAGCGCGCCGUACCUCUAGACCACGAAGACAGCAACUAUGGCCUGUUGAAAAAAGAUCUGUUGGACAAAAUCCCCCAGGAGCAAGGGACACCCAAGGUCUACCCCAUCGAUGUCAAGCUCCUCGACAACACCCAAGACCUCGCCGACCAGUACCAGGAGACCCUUAUGUCCAGCUUUGCCAACAAGGACUCGGUUCGCCUACCAGUUUUCGACUUGAUCCUACUCGGAUGCGGGCCUGAUGGUCACACGUGCAGCUUGUUCCCUGGCCACGAGCUCCUGCGAGAAGCCGACGCCUGGGUUUCACCCAUUGAAGACAGCCCCAAGCCGCCUCCACGACGUAUCACUCUGACCCUCCCUGUCUUAACCCAUGCCCACAAGAUCGCUUUCGUCGCCACUGGUGCUGGCAAAAAAGAUAUCCUCAAGAAAAUCCUCGAGGCUGACGAUGAAGGUCGCAGCCUUCCCUGCGGGCUUGUCAAUGAAGGUGGCGGCGAUAAAGUUUCAUGGUUCACCGACAGUGCUGCCGUCGAGGGCAUUUCUUUCCCAAGAAGGGGCAGUCUAUGAAUGAUGCGUCGAUCGCAUGUAUGCCCCCGGUGGGACCCAUGUUUCAAGCGCGUUUUGGCAUUGAUGGGCCAAGCUGGGAUAGGAUGGUUGAAACCCCAACAUUGCUUCAGACAUGUCUCUCAACAUAUUGGUUGAUUUCCCUCCGAGUCUGUGCCGCCCUUUACUUUCUUACGCUGCUUAGCUGCAACCAAGAUAGUGACCUUCACCUCAUCAUGGAUCGGGCUCCCCAGCUACGUUACUUUACAUUCAAAUGGGCGGUAGGCUUGAUGAUGGCCUUCCCUUCCAUUCUAUUCAUGACUGAAUAUCCCACUCGUUGACUAGACUUUUGGAAUGUCUAUUUUGGCGUUCUUUUCAUGUUUUCCAAUUGGCACAUUCGGAGGCGGCGUGCAGGAUCGAUCAGAUGGGUUUGUCCCACAAUGAGGUCAGCUGCUCAGGUCUUCUUCAUCGCGACAGCGAGGGGUUUACAAUCCGGUGGAUGGAGUAGCUGUUUGAAUGAUUCGAAUGAGUUUUUACAAACCCUGAAGGAACGGGAAUGGGCGAUGUCCCAUAUACAUGUUAUUUCACUUCAUUCAAAGGAGCAAAUAUCCGAUUCUUCGUGGCCCCAAUCGAAAUGUUGUAUAGAGUGUAUACGAUUCCAUUCCUGUUAUCUAGCCGGCCAACCACAUAGACCAACCAUAGACUAACCAUUUGACCAAGACUAAAAUCAAUGAUCG